CAUCAGGUCACGUGCACUGAUGGUGGCUGUCUGGUUGCAGUGUAAGGUGUAUCUGGUGGAGGACGUGCUGAUGAACUUCCUGCUGGGGAUUCUGGAGGGAGGAGGUUCGGUGGACGAACACCCGCUCAUCCAGCAGCUGCUCGACCUCUUCUGGCUGCUGAUGGAGGACCACGAGGUGAACGAGUGUCUGAAGCAGCUCAUGAUGUCCUUACUCAGGGCCUACCGCUUCUCCCCCAUCAUCCCAGACUUGGGCUUCCAGAUCCACUACCUGCGGCUGACCACGGCCAUCCUGCGCCACGAGAAAUCCAGGAAGUACCUGCUCAGCAACGUCUUGUUCGACGUCCUGCGCUCGGUCGUGUUCUUUUACAUCAAGACUCCUCUGAGGGUGAAGGAGGCGGGGCUAGAGGAGCUCAUCCCGACCACCUGGUGGCCCACGCACUUCGACAAAGAGGUGAGAGAAACCGAGGCUCUGCCGUUUGUCUCCUGA